CAGACCGCGAAAUUAUUGCGAAUGCCUGCACGACAUCGUAAUUGCUCCACUAAUAACUGCAAUCAAAAUAAAAAUAAAAAGAAGAAAAAAACAGUUGACUCUCGGCAAAUGUACGAAAGCGAUGAUGUUGUGGAAAAUCCUGUGACCGAAGCAGUUUCCAUGUACUUUUUUGGGCAGUCAGCGAUCUCCCAGGAUCACUUUAAAGGACAACAGUCGAUGGGCGGAAGUGUGGGCAACUCGGUGAAAAUGUCCUCGUCCACAAUGGAAGCAGACAUGGACACCAAGCCCUACUUCUCGACCCAUCCGACCCAACCCAGCGAAAUUCAACAGUACUUUAGGGACGCCACCAUUUUUCUUACAGGAGCUACGGGAUUCAUAGGCAAACUUCUCAUUGAAAAGCUACUAAGAUCAUGUCCGGAUGUGAAAAGGAUUUACGUACUUGUGAGACCCAAAAAGGGAAAGGAUGUUAAGACCAGAGUCCAAGAGUUAGUAGAUGGCGUUAUUUUCAACACACUGAAGAAAAAUAAUCCCGAGGUGUUUGAUAAAAUUUUUGCCGUCAGCGGCGAUUGUUCGUUACCAGAUCUAGGAAUGUCUGACGACUUUAAAAAGACUAUGAGUUCCGAAGUAAAUUGUAUUAUACAUUGCGCUGCAACCGUCAGAUUCGACGAACCCCUACCUUCUGCGGUUAAUAUCAAUGUGAGAGGCACGAGGGAUCUUAUAACUUUGGCAAAGAAAAUGGAAAAGCUCGAGGCUUUGGUUUACGUGUCGACGGCUUAUUGUAAUUGUCCGAGAUCUACCGUAAAAGAAGAGUUGUACGAUACGCCAAUUUCAGCAGAAAAACUUAUAACAAUUUCCCAGUCUCUCAAUGAAGCUACCCUUAAAAAAAUCACGCCCACGAUCCUAGGAGAAUGGCCGAACACCUACACCUUUACAAAAGCAGUCGCCGAAGAUGUUGUUAAAAGUGUUGCUGAAGAAUUACCAGUAGCUGUAGUAAGACCAUCGAUAGUUAUUGGCACUGUACGGGAGCCUUUAGAGGGAUGGAUCGACAAUUUAUAUGGUUCUACGGGGGUUGUUAUCGGGGCGUAUACGGGGCUAAUGAGAACGUUACACUGUGACCCCAACACCCUGGCCGAUAUGGUACCCGCCGACUUCGUGGUAAACGAAACCCUUGCAGCCACAUGGGAUGUUGGAAGAAAAGUCAGAGAAAAGAAAAUGAAGAAAGGGAAUGGUUACAAACAAACGCAGGAAGAGGUCAACGAGGCGCCAAAGGUAUUCAACUGCGUCUCUUCAGUUGACAAUCCGAUCACAUGGAAAAAAUACAUGAGUAUCCUGGAAGUGUACGGAAUGGAAAUGCCUAGCAUGUUCCAAAUUUGGUACUACUGGUUCACCUUAAAUCCUAAUCGUUUCGUUCACUUGUUGUUCGUCUUCUUCUUCCACAGUUUGCCGGCUUACGCGGCGGACGUGAUACUCUUUUGUAUAGGCAAGAAACCCAGAAUGGUAACAAUUUACAAAAAAGUGGGAAAAUUCUCGGACGUCAUUUCGUAUUUCUGUACGAGACAGUGGCAGUUUACCAAUUCGAACAGCCGGAAGUUGUGGGAAGAAAUGAACGAUCAGGAUAAACAGUUGUUCACGUUUGACAUGAAAGAGUUCGGAUGGGAGAAGUUUUUAUUGUCGGCAAUGAAAGGGGGUAGAAUAUAUUUGCUCAACGAUCCCAUGGACACCGUAACCGACGCCCUCCGGAGGUUAUACUAUUUCCGGAUAGCACAUUACGUUGUCGUGGGAGCUGUCUGUCUGGGACUGUUGAAAGUUACGUCAAUCGUCCUGCGUUCGAUUGUUCUGUCCUUUUAACUGAAUCUGGCGCUAGAUCGCUUAUUUAAGGGCAUUCAAUGACGGUUCCUCUGUUCUUAAAUAUUAAGAAGCAAUUAUCGCGUUGAAAUUCUCAAUCAACGAGGAAAAUGCACUGAAUUUGAUUGAUUGUUGGGAUCUAUUAAGGAUGUAGGAACUUAUUGUGACUUAUUGUGAUUGUGCUAUGUGAACGAUAUUAGUUAUAUUAAUUAUAUUAUGGGAUCUGUCUAAAAUUAUGUACAAAAUGUUAAUUAAAUUAAUUUAGUUUUUUA